AUGGCAAUCCCAGUGAUUGAUUUCUCAAAGCUCAACGGAGAGGAGAGAGCCAAAACUUUGGCUCAGAUUGCCAACGGUUGUGAGGAAUGGGGUUUCUUCCAGUUGGUGAACCAUGGGAUUUCAGAGGAGCUUCUGGAGAGGGUGAAGAAGGUGAGCUCGGAGUGUUUUAAGAUCGAAAGAGAAGACAACUUCAACAACUCCAAAGCGGUGAAGUUGUUGAAUGAACUUGCCCAGAAGAACAAUGGCCAAAUGUUAGACAACGCUGACUGGGAAGAUGUCUUUACUCUCAUGGACGACUCUACUACUGAAUGGCCCGCCAAAACCCCCGGAUUCAAGGAGACCAUGGUGGAGUAUAAGGCAGAACUGAAAAAGUUGGCGGAAAAGGUCAUGGAAGUGAUGGAUGAAAACUUGGGGUUACCAAAAGGAUACAUCAAGACGGCAUUCAACGGCGACGACAACAAGGCCUUCUUCGGCACAAAGGUGAGCCACUACCCGCCGUGUCCCCAUCCAGAGCUGGUGAACGGCUUGCGGGCCCACACCGACGCAGGUGGCGUGGUGUUGCUCUUCCAAGACGACAAGGUCGGAGGCCUCCAAAUCCUCAAAGGCGGCGAGUGGAUCGACGUGCAGCCAUUGCCAAAUGCCAUUGUUAUCAACACUGGGGACCAGAUUGAGGUGCUUAGCAAUGGGCGGUACAAGAGUGUUUGGCACCGGGUUUUGGUUGGCACUAGUGGGAACAGGAGGUCCGUCGCUUCCUUCUACAAUCCCUCUCUCAAGGCCACCAUUGCCCCGGCGCCGGAAUUGGUGGAGAAGGCAAGCCAAGAGAUGGAUCUGCAGACUUAUCCAAAGUUUGUGUUUGGUGAUUACAUGAACGUUUAUGCUGACCAGAAGUUCCUGCCUAAGGAACCAAGGUUCCAAGCUGUGAGAGCCAUGUAA